UGAUAAGCUGACGAGUGAUAAAAAUAUGGGUUCGAAGGUUCGAUAUUUCAUAUCUCGAAAAAAUUCAAAUUCUUGCAUCUCUAGUGUUUUAAAAAUGAAAAUUGUCAAGUUGAUGUGAAACGUUUGAAUGUAAUUUGUGCGACGAAAACAAAAAUUGGCUACCAUCGAUCGGCCCGUUGUAAGUACUUGCAAAAAUGUGGUCAUUUUUCUCGAGAGAUGCGUCGAAAGAUUUCGCUUACGAAAUCGGAGAAUCUCUUUUCUCAAAUUCCGAAGACAGUGUUUGGAACUUACAUAAAGGCAAGAAAAAGAAUGGUGGCGACGAUGUUUCCAUUUUCCUGUUCAAUUGUCACGGUAGUACAGAAAACCAGCUCAGUAUGGCCAAGAAUUCUGUCAAACGAUUGAAGACGCUUCGACAUCCGAGUAUUUUGCAGUAUAUUGAUAGUCACGAAACAGAUAAAGCUUUAUUGCUGGUAACAGAAUUUGUGGAACCACUGAACGCGUAUCUAACCAAUUCCUGGCGAAGUAUUCAAGAGAAGGAUAUGUACUUGUCGUGGGGUAUUUUUCAGAUAACAAGAGCUUUGAGUUUUCUCAACAACGAUGGAAACUUGAAACACAACAACGUUUGCAUGGCUUCGAUAUUCGUGAAUUUGGCCGGCGAGUGGAAAUUGGGUUGCGUCGAGCAUAUGACCGGUGCUAGUGACGGCGACGGUGUUCCUAUUAAAAUAUUACCAAGUUUGGAAAAGUACAGUCCGCCUGAGAAAACCGAUUCUUUUAAUCAGCGACACAGUACCAAGUGCUCGACCGAUAUGUGGGGACUUGGUUGUCUAAUUUGGGAAGUGUACAACGGAUGUUUACCGCACCAAUCGGCGCUUCGUAGUUCGCAAAAGAUACCCAAGUCAUUUAUCGCCGUUUACAACGAAUUAAUAACCGCGAAAGCCGCUAGCCGACCAAAUCCAGCAGAUGUGAUCACGAGGUGUCGCAAGAACGACGGAUUUUUCAAAAACGAGCUUAUCGAUACGCUGUUAUUUCUGGAAGAAAUUCAUAUCAAAGAUAAAAACGAGAAAGGCAAAUUUUUCGCUUCGUUGACAUCUUUAUUAGAUCACUUUCCGGACCGCGUGUGUCGGUUCAAGAUACUGCCGCAUCUAAUAAACGCCUUCGAGUACGGCGAAGCUGGCGCAGCUGUUCUUACGCCAUUACUCAAGUUGGGAAAUUUAUUAGAAGACAUCGAGUACCAGAAAAAAAUAGUGCCUUGCGUUGUGAAGCUUUUCAAUUGCAACGACAGAGCAACUCGUAGUAAAUUACUUCAGCAAAUGGAAAGCUAUAUUGGUCAUUUGCAGGCGUCAACUAUAAACGAUCAGAUAUUUCCGCAAAUUGUUAAUGGCUUUCUGGAUACGAAUCCGAUGAUUCGAGAACAAACCAUCAAAUGCAUGAUUCAUCUGAGUCCGAAAUUGAAUUAUAAUAAUUUGAACGUCGAGAUAUUGAGACAUUUCGCUCGACUGCAAUCCAAAGACGAUCAAGGCGGAAUCCGCACCAAUACUACCGUUUGUUUAGGCAAAAUCUCCGUUCAUCUGCAUCCUCAAAUUCGUCAAAAAGUUCUCAUAUCGGCUUUUAUACGAGCCAUGCGGGAUCCGUUUCCACCAGCACGAACAGCCGGUGUGUUGGCGUUGGCGGCAACUCAGCAGUAUUUUUUAAUAUCGGAAAUAUCGUCCAGAAUACUUCCAGCAUUGUGUCAAUUGACCAUUGAUCCGGAUAAGUCGGUUAGAGAUCACGUAUUUCGUACCGUUAAAGGAUUCUUGGGAAAAUUAGAAAAAUUAUCGGAGGAUCCCACGUUACGAGAAUCAAUGGAGGCGGAUGUACACGCGUCCACGCCGAGUUUAUCUAACGCAGCGGCUACCUGGGCUGGUUGGGCAGUAACUGCUGUCACCGCCAAAUUCUAUCGCAGCCAGUCCGAAUCAGCUCGACCGUCCACGCCACGCAUUAGCCGAAGUAUUCGCAAACCAUGCUCUCUCGAGCAACCGCCGUCUAGUAGCAGUAUAUCAACGACAACUACGUCCAGCGAAGUAACUUCGUUAGGUUCUUUCGAACAGGAAGACAGAGCCUUGGAUUCGGUUUCGGAUUACGAAGAGAACUGGGAAUGCGAAAAUUGGGGCGAAAUACAGAUGAGCGAUGAUAAUUCACGAAUAUCUUCGACCAUUCUCGAUGCCGAAUAUAACGACGACAGCAGUCAAAAGACUACAGAAACAAAUACGCAAGCCGACGGUUGGGAUGAUGGCGGCGAUUGGGAUUCUAUCCAAGACAUGACUCAAAAAUUGCAAGUACGCGAUCAGCGUGAGAUUUGUUCCGACGCCGACGAAUUAACCGACUGGAGCAAUGAGAUCGAGUGCGUUGCUGAAAGCAGACGAGUUAACGUAAACCCAUCGACGACACGUGACGAGCGUAGAAUUCGAAACCGAACCAAGGAUACUCCCAUUUCGGAUUCUUUGAAAAAACCUAAACGCGGAGGCAUUACCAAGUUGGGAGCUAAGAAAUUAUAAUAGCACUUGGACGACGAUAAUGGAAUGUGCAAUUUGAUUUUAUUACUACAUACUCCUGUUACCGUGUAUCGAUCAACUUUCAGUCUACGCUCUACUCUAUUCUAAUCUGCCUACCGGAUUCUGUUCGUGAUUGUGCAACUCGAGUCGAAUCGCUGCCCAAUUUUCGCGUCUCGAUCCUCGAAUUACCUGCGUGAAGAUUUUGUGACGGUCGACGACUCGCAUAAACAGCUUUAAUUCGUCCAUUUGUACCAUUAUUGAUGGUGAAAAAAUUCUAGCUCCGUCGAGUCGAAAUGCUGAACGUUCGAAUUUGAACCGAAUAGUACCAAACGUGAUAAUCUUACGUUCGGUGUUCAGCUCAGUGUAAGUGUAAGAACGAGAAAUGAUCGUGUUGAAAAAAAUGAAAGAUAUCGAAUGAAAAAUAACCUAUAAAUAUAUUUUUACCGGAUUCUA